CCACAUUUCAGCGACAGUCAUCAGCAAUCUCUGGCGCCCUGCUGUACAAGCUGCCCUUGCUCUGGCACAGGAACUGUUCAUAAUACUUGAAGCUUGCUCUUUUCCGAGCCCUGAUCUCCCCCAGCCUCCCUUGACAACAAUGGGAAAGGAACCCUCUAUUGCCCUGGGUUGGUUGGUUGGUUGGUUGGUUUUAAAGGUAGCUCAGUUUUGCUUAGAUCUGCUACACCCACAGGUGCUGUAGUCGCAGCCGCGGGGACAGGCUCGGGGUUCUCACACGCAGCCCCUUUUAGACACACGCCUGCUGGAGUUGCGGUCAACUUUGCAACGUGCUACUUUCGCAGCAGCGGGUACAGCCGCUGUACGUGACCUCACAGGGAGGAGCUUUCAGCGAGGGAAACGGAUUGGAGCCAGAAUAAGAGGCUGAGAAGUGGCUUUAGGACAGAGAAAUACAUAACUGGAUUGGUGGGAAAGCGACCGUCUUCUCGUGGGGGGAUCCUUGGGCAUCUGGAAGGCUGAGGACAACCCGAGCUGCUGCAAAAAACCGAGCCCUUGUCUGGAUCUGCCUACAAGCCAGAUGGAAAAAUUUAAAGCUCUAGAACAGCUGCUUACGGAACUUGAGGAUUUUCUGAACAUACUGAAUGAAGAGAGCCUCAGCAGCACAGCUGAAGUGAAAAAAUGCUUCCUUUCUGACCUCCUGCGAGUGUACACGAAGACAAGCGGUGGUGAUGAGGAAUACAUUUACAUGAACAAAGUGACCGUAGUUAAACAAAAGGGUGGACAGGAGAAAGAAGGUGGAGCACUAGAUUGCGGAGAGUCUUUGUCCAAUGGGGAAUCAGGACACCAUUCAUCUCCUCCUCAGAAGAGUCUGCCGGACCUUCCGCCUCCAAAAAUAAUUGCAGAAACGAAACAGCCUUCGAGCCCCAAGAUUGAGUCUCCAGAGGCAUAUUAUGAAGAGGCUGAGCCAUGUGACAUCUCUAUGAAUGAAGAUGGAGAAGCAGUCAGCAGCUCUUAUGAAUCCUAUGAUGAAGAAGAGAGCAUCAAAGGGAAGUCAGCAACCCACCAAUGGCCAUCCACUGAAGCCACCAUUGAGCUAAUGAAAGAUGCCCGCAUCUGUGCUUUCCUCUGGAGGAAGAAGUGGCUGGGACAAUGGGCCAAACAGCUGUGUGUCAUUAAGGACACUAGGUUGCUGUGCUACAAGAGCUCCAAGGACCACACCCCUCAACUUGAUGUGAACUUGCUUGGCUGCAGUGUCAUACACAAGGAAAAGCAAGUGAGGAAGAAAGAACACAAGCUGAAGAUCAUUCCGAUGACCGCAGAUGUGAUUGUGCUGGGCUUGCAGAGCAAGGACCAGGCAGAGCAGUGGCUCAGAGUAAUCCAAGAGACCAGUGGCCUUCAGUCUGAAGUAGUGGGUGAAGGCAAUCAAUACAUUCCAGACUCCCACCGUCUUAGUUACCUCAAGGCGGAGUUGUCUGAGAGGCAUUCGGUGGCAUCAGAGAGCGGGAGCAGCACGGACGGCCACCCGGAAUCCAUCGAAACAAAAGAUGUCAAGAAGAAGGGUACAACUGGCCUUAAACUGAGCAACCUGAUGAACCUUGGGAGAAAAAAAUCCAGCUCAUUGGAGAGUCCAGAGAGAGCACUAGAAACUUCCAGUUACCUGAACAUACUAGUGAACAGCCAGUGGAGAUCCCGUUGGUGUCACAUAAAAAAUGGUCACCUCCAUUUCUACCAGGACAAGAAUAGAAGUAAAUCUGCACAGCAACCUCUGAGUCUGGUGGGCUGUGAAAUUAUUCCAGACCCCACCCCUGACCAUCUCUAUUCUUUCCGUAUUCUGCACAGUGGGGAAGAACUAGCCAAAUUAGAGGCCAAGUCUUCUGAGGAAAUGGGCCAUUGGCUGGGCCUCCUCUUAUCAGAAUCAGGCUCAAAAACGGACCCAGAAGAAUUCACCUAUGAUUAUGUUGAUGCUGACAGGAUUUCCUGCAUUGUGAGUGCUGCAAAGAAUUCCUUCUUCUUAAUGCAAAGGAAGUGCUGUGAGCCCAACACCUAUAUCGAUAACCUGCCGAAGAUAAGGACUCAGGAGGAGGACCUCUACGAUGACGUGGACCCGCCGGAGGGGACCAUGGAAGAAACACCCGAAAGCGAAAGCAAAGACGAAUUGGACCGAGACAGAGUGUACCUAGACCUCACACCAGUUAAGUCCUUCCUGCACUCCACUGGCAAGAAACCGACACAGCCGUCAGCUCCACUCUCCCCAUCUGUGGACAGUGCCAGCAGUAAGGACACAAUAGACAAUGCAUCAGAAACACCCCUAUUGGCUAAGGAAGCAGAGACCUGUAGAAAGUCAAUGGAAAUCCCAGACCAGACACUUCAGGAGAAGACGGAGCUGGAAGAGUCACCAUCACAGACCACCACCGUCAAAAUCCAGAUGCAGCAGCAGAAAAUCACCUUCCCCCAGAGCAGUCCUGAGAUCAAAGCCACCCCAACAGUCAUGGCCAGUCCGCAGUUAGCGUCGGCACCCAGAGAGAAAGUGGAAUGGCCCAAGGUGGCAAAUACAGUGCCUGUAGAAACCAAACUGGGCAAGAACAGGAUGGAGGCUGAGGUGAAGCGGUACACUGAGGAGAAGGAGCGGCUGGAAAAGGAAAAGGAGGAAAUCCGGUCUCAGCUGACCCAGCUUCGGAAGGAGAGACGGGAGCUGAAAGAGAUGUUAGCUAGCUGUCCAGAUAGCAGCCUGGUGGCCAAUGUGGAGCAGAAGCUGAAGGAAAUAGAUGAGGAGUGCAAAAAGAAAGAGAGCAGGAGGGUUGACCUGGAACUGAGCAUUGUGGAAGUGAAAGAGAACCUGAAGAAAGCAGAGUCUGGCCCGGUGACACUUGGCACAGCUGUGGACACCACACACCUGGAGAACGCAAGCCCCAAAGUAAAAAUGGCCAGUCCAGCAAGUAGCACAGAGAACUCCCCGGUCAACUCGGCAACGGCUUUAAAAAACAGGCCUUUAUCCAUCAUGGUUACAGGAAAAGGGACGGUUCUACAGAAAGCAAAGGAAUGGGAGAAAAAAGGAACCAGUUAGGAUGACUACAUUUUCAAGGAUGGACUAAAAAAGACUGGAAUUGCCUAUACCUGGACCAGAGGAUUCAGUCAUCUGUAGGCAAAGGGCCAGGCUAGAGCGGCAAGCCAUCCUGUCCUCUAUUACCACCCUGUGCCACUUGCUCAGUCAAAAGGAGUGGGACAAUCUGUGAUCAUCAAAAACCAUCCUCCCCAUUCCCAUGGCACAGCUGAGAAUAACACAAAUGGCAAGUCUUUGGAAGCAGCCUCUGAACCCGAUUGAUAUAAACAAGACUGUUACUGUACAGAGGCUGGUUUGCAUAUGUCUACUCUGAAGUUAUCAUUGCAUUAUUAAUGUUUCUUUAUUAGUGAUACUCCCCUUGUAGCAGAGUGAGAGGGGGGAUGUGGGCUUGUCUUUACAGGCCGUGCUUUCUAUACUCAACUGUCACUCCCAGCCUGUAUGGUCAUGAAGGUGGUCACGCAGAAGUAGGGAAAAACCCCGCACUAUGAGAAGUGAAACCUGCAUUAUGGAAUGGGGAAGCAGCAUUAGCCAGGCAUAGGAAGUCAAGGUGUGUUAGAAGGAAGCGAGGGGGAGCUAAGAGUACCCCUUAUCCAAGUACAAGUCAAGUCCUGGAGUAAAUGUCAGUGAUACGAACCCUAUAGCCACCUCAACUGCUCAGAGCCAUUUCCCCAGCCUUUCAUGGGCCAGAAAACAAGGAUGAUUCCUGCUUAAUUGUCUGUCUGUAAGUAAAGGGGCAGGUUUUGGAGCGUAGGAGCCUAGUUCAAAGGGAUAUGCCCAAGCUGUUGCUAGGAGAUUGAAUUUAUCUUGCUUCAUGAAAAUGGUGAGGGUUGUCAAAGAGCCAGAGCCUCACCUGAGAACAAUAGGAUAGUGUUGGAGGUUACCUGUGAGGGUCUAAUAGCAAUGUUUGUUACAAAAUGAGGAAGUAGUAUGCAACCUCCCCGCCCUUCAAAUUAUGUAGCUUUGGGUUGCUGGAGCCAAAGCCAAAUUGCAGGGCUGACCCAUAGGGGGAUUAAGGGAAAUAACACCCCCACCCCCCCCCAACCACACACACAUCCCUCAUUACUGGUUUUCACAUCUGGGCCUAACUCUGAAUAGUACUGCCCUGGCCCAUCAUUGUAGAGAAAGAGGUUGCAGGUCUGAUUGAAAGCAAGUGGUUCUUAAAUGUGUGUAGUACACACAUUGUAUUACAGCCCCAAUAUUCUACAGCUUAUACUGACGUGUCCUGUGAGAGAGACCCCCCUUCACUAAUGCCCUGCUCAUGGGACAGGCUUAGCUGCAGCGUUGCCAAACCUGCAGGCUUGCCCUGGAGUCCUCAAGAAUAAAAGACUAUCAUGUGAUGAAACCUCCAGGAUUAAUAAGGCCAACCAAAAUUGGCAACCUACCUGAGAUGAGGUAACAGCCAGAACAGAGGCCUGAUUCUUCUGGCUUCCAUAGCUGCCCUUGGACUUUACACCGCAUUGCUGUAACUGUGAGUCUAGCUGUAUUUGAGGAGUCAGCGGAAGUUGCUAUAAAACCCUGUCUGGUGUUAAAGAAUUUUUACAACUGAAAAAUGGACCCUGGAGUUGGAAGCCUGGUUGGCAAGGACUGAGUCCCACCCACCCCCAGUUUCCAAUAAUAAUUGUUGCUCAUUGAUUUUGCUCUUCUAAAGUUAGACAUUUAAACAGGAGGGGAGAUGAAAUAAUCAACUCACCAACACUGCUGGGGUCCUGGGGACAGGGCCCCCCCCCCCUCCUAGCCUGUGGAACCGGCAGGCUCCUUCACUAUCCAGCUAGGUUGGAUUAGCUUUUCUAGAGUCCCUGGUUCUGCAGGCUGCCGUACCAAAGGACAGUUCCUGCCACGGCAGCUCUCAGCGCCACAGGACUGGAGUCCCUAGGGAUGCUCCAGCACCGGGGGCUGACCCUGCAGCCAAUUCCACAGCAUGGCCUCCUGCACACUCACCAGCUCAGCAGGCAAGGAGCUCUAAGAGGGCAUGCUGACAGAUUUCCUCAGCCCUGGUGUUUCUCCAAGACCAAGUGUGAUCUCAGCCUUUAACACUUUGCAUGGUCAGCAGCUCCUCUGUGGUGCAAUUAACUCACAAGGGUUGGACAAGGAACUACAAGGCCGACCCUCCACUAUUUAGCCUUCAGUACUAAUUGAACCACCAGGGCCAGAAGCAGGCAAUCCCGCCAGUGGCCACGAGGUAGCAUCACAGCACUACACUUUCCUAUUGUCUGGCUUUUUGAUUAGGCAAUCUGGCCCCACUCCCAGUUAGAUCAGGUAAAAGGUGUUCUGCUGUAUUAGACUCAUUGGAUCCAGCUAUUUAACAAGGUUCUUAUGCAGCUUCAAAGAAUUAACCCACAAGUCACCUUGAAACUGACUCUCUAUUCCAGAGGGGGAGAUUAAAUGCAAAGAGAACCAAUGAAGGCCAGCUCCACAAUUUAUACUCAGCCCUCCACCCAUUAUUUUUAUUUUUUAAAAAGCCUCAUCUCUUCACUAGCCGUACAGUGGUGUUUAGCUGCUUUUCCUUCAGUACUUUCCCCUGACCAUCUCGGGAAGAACGCAUUAGGGCCCUGCCUCGGCAAAGCCUGUCAGGGGAGAUUCUGUAAGGCAGUUAGUUCGGCAUCAGAUGCCAGGUUUGCCUUUGAAAGUCUUCCCCUAAACACAAUCGUUGCUGACUCAAGGCCUUAGAGAACAAGGAGUACAUUCACAAACCUCUCCCUCCCUAGCACUGGUCUCUGCUAUGUUCAGAAAUGUAACCUAGACAGAGACAACUGUGGUGGAGGGUCUGACAAAAAUCCAGGUUUCUCUCCCCUCAACACGGGUGGGGGUAUUGGCCCCACCAAACUUUCAUUUUCUACCCAUCAUGCAUUUCCUGUCCCAUGAGAGCCUCACCAUGUCACCCCUGCCCCCCUUUGCUAUAACAUGAAAGCUUCACUUUAACAUGUCAUUGCAUCCUGCCUUGUCCACCCCAUGUCCUUCUCCUGACAUGAUGGAGGAAACCCUCUUACUUGUAGACAGAGCUGGAAGAACAGCUGCUUGAUCCUCCACGCCCUGUCGCUGCAGAGUGGUCCUCCUGGUGGAUCUAUUCCUACGGAUUACAUCUAAUACUGACUCUUAUCAGGGGAUUGAGAGCAUCAAGCACUUUCCACAUCAACCAACUGGGUGAGUCUGACCUACGCUGUCUACUACGACAAAAUGUUAAAACAGUGAAUGCCUCUGUCAUUGCCAUGGUCUUCCUAAUUCAAUGCUGUUUUCUUGGGCAUAACUGUGACCCAUCCUGUGGCGCUUUAAAGAUUUUUUUUUAAAUAAAAGGUUGAAUAUGUUAAA